AUGGAAGCUCCGGAAAAGGAUACUGAACAUAACAUCAACAAAAAAUCGUCAGUUGAAAGCCGAGGCAGAAUUCCGUCGAUGAGCCACAGUGGACUUAUUCCUUCGUUUAACCGUAAUAGGACAUCACGUGCCAGCCGCAACAGCAGUAAUAGCCAGAAUAGCUCCAACGAAAAUGCUGAAAUGGACCUAGAUUGUUUGCCUCAAAUGACAAAACGGCCGUUGAACAUACGCGAUAUUUGUUCGUUUGACGUUGGACAAGCUCGAAUGGAAUUCUUUUUAAUCAAUAAAUUGGCAGAAAUAGAAACCAAAAGGUUGCCCCGCACCAUCGCUGAACGAUCUGAAAAUAAAAUGAAGAACAGAUUCUUAAAUACCCACCCUUAUGAUUUUAAUCGAGUCUUACUCUCCCAAUCGGAAGACUACCAAAACGACGGAUACAUUAACGCUUCUUUCAUUCCGGGGUUUUCUGAAAAAGAAAAGGAAUACAUUGCCGCUCAAGGCCCAAAGGAUAAUACUUUAGGCGAUUUCUGGCAAAUGAUUUUGGAACAAGAUGUAAGGUUAAUCGCCAUGGUGACUUCUCUUUACGAAUGUGGCAAGAAAAAAUGUGAAAAAUAUUGGCCAAGUGAAGAUGAAUUGGUGAUUUACGGUGAUGACACUCAAUUAGAACUCUUGCGCGAGACGACGUACUCAUUUUACACAAUACGGAAUAUCCUUGUAACAAAAGCUCCGGAUCUUAAGCGAGAGAUCCAACAAUUUCAUUUUACCGCUUGGCCGGAUUUUGAGACGCCUGAUCAGCCGGAAGAAUUAAUCCGAUUUAUUGAAAUCGUCCGCAGACAAGCUAGACAGUUGAAUUUUUCCUCGCCCAUCGUUGUUCAUUGCAGCGCGGGAGUUGGUAGAACAGGGACAUUCAUAGCUCUUGACUAUCUAAUCCAGCAAGUACUUAUAACUGAUCUAGUUGACAUUCCAAGGACAGUUCGUCAUCUGAGACGCUUCCGCUUGUCCAUGGUUCAAUCAGAGGCACAAUAUGUUUUCCUGUACUCCUGCAUUGCUCAUUAUGUCAAGACAAGACUGAGUGCUGAGUCAGGCUAAAGAAAAAAGAUAAUACUUCGAAAAUAUCUGUUAUAUAAUAUCUGCGAAAAUAUUUAUUUCGCUUUAUUACAAAUUUGAUUGAAAACUGUGUGAGCUGUAAUAUACAGUGAUUCCAUAAUCUAA